AUGGAAAAGUUACAUGUAGUUGUAUUGUUUAUUGGAGAUUUAAUCAAAGAUGGAGGUAGUACACUUUUAGUGCGUCACCUACCAUCGACCCUCAGCAAGGAUGAAAAGGAAGACCUACUCAAACAUUUUGGUGCCUGUAGAGUUCGUGUUAUGGGCAACAAAGGCCCACUGAAACACACCGCUUUUGCUGAAUUCCAGAACAAAGAGACUGCACUACAGGUGCUGGCAAAACUGCACCAGGUGGAAUUGCUAGGAUGUAAGAUUGUAGUUGAGCUGGCUCGAGAUCAGGACAUACAUCACUUUCCUUCUGUCACAGAUACUCAGCCAGAAAGCAGAAUUCAUGAAAAGAAUGCUAAGGAUGACAAAGUAAAUGAAAAAAAAGACAAUGAAGUGGAAGAAAAUCCUUUUGACUUUUCCUUUCAUAAAUGGGGGCUGAAGUAUCCAAGACGUCGUCGAUUAUUUUAUUUGUACCCUCCCCCAUCACCAUCCAUUCUAAUGAACAUCAGCAACGCUUUGGCAGCAUGUCCAAAGUUCUAUGUUCAGGUGCUUCAUCUCAUGAAAAUGGAUUUGCCAGCACCCUUUGGACCAGUUACAGCACAACCUCCAAUGGCAGCUGACACAAUCAUCUCUGGUUACACAGCAGACAAGUUAGAGACAGAGGAAAUGGAACUGUCCAGCACCGAAGAGUCAGAGAUAGAAGGUGAUGCAGGUAUUCACAGACCAGAUGAAGAGGUCUUGCUGAAACGUCCCCAACGUGAGAAGAGGAGAGUGAGAAAACGGGCUCGACUGUCACUUGUCCAGCCUCAGAACUUUGAGGUUAAACCCUCUUCUCAUGCUGUAUCAUUGGAGGAAGUAUUUGAGCAAAUCGCAGAGAGUGGAAGCCGGCGGAAAAUACAGUUAAAUCUGCCGAAUGCUGUAACAGAUGCAGCAGAAAGUCAAGUUUUACCCCUGCCAGAGCAACCAGAAGAUACUGCAGGAAAUGUUAUUGAUGCUGACAAAGAAGUCCAGUCCAGUGGAUUUGGUGUUCUUACUCCAGUUGUCAAACCUUUGGACAAAGGAAAUGAGGAAGAAAAGGAAAAGGAAUGGUCAGAAACAAUUUUUGUUACUGAUUCUGAACUGUCCAAGGGGAGAAUGUCCCAUAAAGAAACAGAAAAGAUUGCAGUGUUCCGGAAUUAUCAGCAAGGAGAGCCAAGUCGGCGGCUUUACAUCAAAAACCUGGCCAGACAAGUGACGGAAGAGGACCUGCACUGGAUUUUUGGUCGUUAUGUCAACUGGGCUGACGAAGGGGAAAAAAUUAUGUUUGACAUUCGUCUGAUGAGGGAGGGUCGAAUGAAGGGACAGGCAUUUGUGACUUUACCUGGCACCGAGCAGGCUAAGCAAGCUGUUGCAGAUGUCAAUGCCUUUGUCUUGAAAGGAAAGCCUAUGGCAGUGCAAUUUGCUCGUUCAGCCAAACACCAAGAUGAUGACUAGAGAACUGACAGCCUGACAUGUGGCAUUUCAAACGUGCUGGUGUUUUAGAGACACACAGAUACCAAGUGUGAAAAAGAAGACAAGAAAAUGAAGAGCGGUUUUUCCAUGGAGAGAAGAGAGUGACUGAUGAGACGCGUGUGGUGCAUAAUUUGAAUGUAUCGAGAGAUAACACAAUGCUUGCAUCAAGGGGAAAUCGCAUACCGUGGUUGGUGGGAUGUAUAAUUAAAAACGGAACAGUUCUCUGGUGUUCUACUGUUUUAAGGAAUGUAUUCCCAUGGCUAUCUGGCCCCUCUAACAGCAGAAUCGGACCCAGUCGCCAUGAAGGGAGCAUCUCACAACCGGACAUCGAUAAAUGUUAAACCACACGGCACGUACGAUUCAGGAGGUAGCAGAGCUGAAUAAGUGAUGACGAUAAAAGGAUCGUAUGGGAGGCUGCCAUGGUCGUUUAGCGCUUCAGUAAUGUGUGUUCCAUUCCCGGAUGCAUAGCGCAUGACGGAACACAUCGUACCUCCAACACUAUUGGAGACACUACAAAGCUUCAUCCUCGGCACACGGUACCAGAACUGCGCGGCUGACCUCGAGAUCGACAGGCAGUGUUUUGACUGUGUCUGGAAAAUUUUCAGAACUCAUUUAAAAUCCAUUCCGGACUUGUCCACUUCAUUCAGUGGAUGUAUUGACGCGUUCCAGAGGAAUGCCCUUUGGAAUCUGGUUUUAUUGUUUCAUCUGAUUGCAGGCCGAUGUUUUUUGACGUGUGAUUUGUGUCAAAUUUCUAAUAUAAGAUUUAUUGCGCGAUCAAA